CUUCACUUCCAUCUACAACGUAGUCCAAACACCAUCCCUCACGAUCCAUUCAACACUCUCUGUCCCUCGACCUUACUUUGGAAUCGUUGUCUCGGAAAACCAAGCAGUCCACUUCAGCUCAGUGCAGGCGAAUCGUCGUCAGCUCCCGCAUACCCUACAAUCUUCGUACUCUCUCAUCAUGUCAUUACGAGUUGCACCCCCGUCCUCCCACCCGACCAGCACAACCAACACAGCUACCCACAAACUCUCCUCCCAGAAAACACAAUCCAUCGAGCGCGGCGCUCCUUCAGCACCAGGCCUCCACGACACCCUUCGCUCUUCGCUCAACCCUUCAAUUGACUCUCAAAGCUCUGCGCACCCACUGGAAUCCCGGCUGGCGAACUGGGCGGCAACACAAGAAUCCACACGCAUGAAUCUGCUCCGGCGCAACUUUGGCAUCGCCGAGCCACUCCGCCGCAGCAUGGAGCUUAAGAUGGUUCGCGAGGCGGACUCUUUCCGACCCAGCGUACUCGGCACCCCCUCAGGCUUACACGAGGAUAUUCUUACAGGCAGAGAUGACAGCAUGACAUGGGAAGACGUGUACCAGGGUCAGGACGGGCUCAAGUUGGGCUUGAACGCUGGUGGUGAUGGACAUGACGUGAAAUGGACGGAAGAGAUGGAGAAGAAGGUGGGAAUGGGCAAGUGGGUUGGCGCUGGAACACUUCGACUGUCUGCUGUCGAGAGGUCAGUAGGGGACAUCUGGACUGGCACAGGGAGCGUUUCCGGAAGGCGGGAUCCAAGCGUAUCACCCUUUCGACUUGGUUUGCGGAUCACGCAGAAUACGGUUUCAUCGGACGGGUACGAUGGAGUCAGACCAUUCCAAGCACUUCGGUCUGUCUGCUUUGGUAUCGACAUGCUACGAAUGACCUGCAAGAGGAUGGGAACGUCCUCGAGCAACUUUAUAUGCAGGUGAUGUAUAUAUUAAACUAUCCAUGGCAGUCAUUGGCAGUCAAACUGCAAAUGCUGAACCAUUCUCAACCUAACGGUGGCUAGUGCGACCGAAUCAAAUGAGCAGAACUUGAUGGCGGUAACAUAAGGCAUGAUUGUAUUAGCACCAUGAUUCCGUGCUCACCGCCUUUCUUCCGGCGCUGUGCAGAGCUAGGCAGACCAUUUCAAUCUCUGAAGCGCGUAUAGAGUCUACUUGAAGCGCGUAUAGGUCUUACUUGAUUACUAACAACCAAAACAGGCGUAUAAGGUAGGAAGUUAUACUGAGGCCGGAUGUCCUACCAAAUGUCUCUCCAUAGACGAGUCUUCUGGUCUACUAACCUCAAGGCUCGAUCUUUCACAUAGAA